CCUGAAGAUGAUAUGGUGUUAGAGCCUGAAGAUGAUAUGGUGUUAGAGCCUGAAGAUAAUAUGGUGUUAGAUCCUGAAAAUGAUGAUUUGGAUAGGACAGAAUUUGGUGAUAUGGAUGUUAAUAAAGACUCUGUGUUAUCACAACCUAUUAGUCAAGAUUUAGUUAGAAAACAAAAAAAAAUUAAAAGACCGGGCGGGCUUGAUGUACAAGCCAACGUGCUUGGUUAUGAUCAUUUGAAGAAAAUUCUAAUUAAUUCUGAGAAUAAGGUUCUGCAGAACCUCCGUGAAUAUGCACUUGAUAGUGCUGAAAUUAGUCAUAUUUCAUUUAUCACCAAUAUGUGGACAUCGAAUAAUGGUGAUCCGUAUAUUGGUCUUACUUUCCACUGGGUUAAUGAUAAUUUUCAAGCAAAAGAAAUGAUUGAUAAUCUUCAACUUAAACAUAUUACAGUUAGCGGUACAAUCGAUAACGGAUCAAAUAUUAAAUCAUGUUUAGAAAAACUAAAACGAAAAUAUGGCAUUUUUAAUAUUCAUUGUUUUGGUCAUACUUUACAGCUAGUGAUUAAUGAUGCAUUAGAAGAGUGCUUCAAAAUUACUAAUUUAAUAAAAAAAUGCAAAGAUAUUGUAUCGCAUUUUAUUGAAAUUAAUGAUAAUAGUUCACUAAGAAGUUACGAAGCAAAGGAGCUAUUGUCAGAUGAAUGGGAAAAAAUAGCCGAGUUAGUUAAACUAUUGUAUCCUUACGAAGUUAUUUCAAAAAAACUAACAGGUUCAACAUAUCCAACACUUUCUCAAGCGUGGUUCGCAAUUAAUUUCAUUAAAAUAAAACUUGAUUGCGUAAUAAUAAAUAAUGUUGAUAUUCAGAAAUUUAGGAAUAUGCAAAUUUUUACAGAAGAGGAAAAGAAUCAUACUAUUUCAGAAGCACGUAUAAAAUAUCUUGAAUUAGCUAAUAAUUAUUAUAAAUCGGAUAGUUUAUCAGAUAUAGCACCUGAUGAUAUAAUGAAUAGCGAUGAUAUUUUCUCUAAUCCUGUGGUUCAAGUGUAUUCAAGUCAAAAUGAUGAUAAUAACAUUGCUAACCCUGAUUAUCCUAUACUUGCAAAGCUUGCCCGCAAAUAUCUUUCAAUUCCAGCUAUGUUGGUACCAUCUGAACGCCUUUUUUCUUCCGCGGAUCUUACUAUUACUGAAAAAAGAACAAGCCUUAAUUCUGAGUUUGUUGAAUCAAUCUUGUUCCUUAAAGCGGCUUUAAAGCUUUGGCCUAUCUCACAUGUUUUUG